AUGGCAAAUGACAGCCCGUCCACCAGCAGCGUCGUAAGCGACAGCCCGUCCAUGAGCAGCAGGGUUAGCGACUCGCUGAGUAACGAUGUGGAUUCUCCAGCAUCGUCCAUCAAGGAUCCGCAACUUCUGAGAGAUAUGUCGGAUGGUGAGUUCAUUGCAAAAGCGUAUGCCGCCGAACUUCUCGAGUGCGGGUUGAAGGAAGAAAGAUUUCGAAUUGACAGGAAGAAGUUGGAGGACAUGCUUCAGACCCAACAAAAUCCUGGCUCGACCGUCGAAAACGCAGAAGUGUUCUUUCAGAGGGUGAUGCUGGAAACUUCAACACAGAUAUCUUGGCCUUCCAAGUUAAAAAUAGGAGCAAAAUCAAAAAAAGACCCUCAUGUCAAGAUUGUGGGGAAACCAGAAGCUGUGCAAAUGGCUAAAGAGAAAAUAUUAGAAAUACUUGAUACAAAGAAAAAUCGCGUGACUUUAAAAAUGGACGUCUCUCAUUCUGACCAUUCCUACAUAAUUGGCAAAGGUGGCUUCAAGAUCCAGCAAGUAAUGGAAGAGACCGGAUGUCACAUCCACUUCCCAGACUCGAAUCGGAACAGCACAGCUGAAAAAAGCAAUCAGGUUUCAAUUGCAGGACAAGCAAAUGGUGUCGAGUUGGCACGAGCAAAAAUAAGGGAUUUGCUGCCCCUCGUGUUCACGUUCGAGCUUCCAAAUGGCAAAACCGUUAAUCCCGGUGAGGAAUGUUCUCCCGCCAUCCAGCACAUCCAACAGACGUACAGCUUCAACGUAGCAUUCCGCUCCAUUGGACCCUUGGGCAUGGGUCGCACGCUAUUGGAGGUGAGAGGCUGUCAACGACUCCUGUCUCGCUUGCGACAAGGAUUGGCACUACUAAUGGAAUUUCUGACUGGAUCCAAAACAAUUCCUGUGAUGGGAUUUAUGAAGACUGAAAUAGCUGCUCAGCAUCACCAAUUCGUUAUGGGACCUUGCAAUGCAAACAUUCAGAUGAUCACCAACAAGACGGGCGCGACCAUCACCUUCCCCGAUUUCUGCCCGUCACUCUAUGGCAGCGACAGCCCGACAGCUCAACCGGCGCCACUCAUAGCUGGUCACUCGAUUCUAAGAACCAAAUCCACGGUUCUUAUUCAAGGAUCCUUCGACAGUGUUUGUCUGGCUUGGCAAGAAUUGUUGAAAUGUCUUCCGUUGGUAUUGAUGUUCAACUUAAAGGAAGGACAGGAACUCGAUCCAGUAAUGAUGAAUCGAUUCAUGGAAACGUUCAAUAUCAACAUAAUGGUGAGACCGAAAACCAAAGAAAAUACUAAGUCUGUUUUAGUACGUGGAGCUGAAAAAGAUUGCGAGAUUCUCUUCCAAGUGCGUAAAGAUAUCUUAGGGUUGGAAGAAGACGAUUGGACUGUUGAGUCGCCUUCCAAGAGUAGCUUCAACGUACCAAUUCUUAAAUCCUACAGCAGGAUGAGGCCACCUAUGGAGUCUAGGGAACAAAUGCAGCGACAAGUAACUUCAAACCUGACCACUGCAGAAUCUUUGAGCCUCCUUACUAAUAUCAUUCAGCAGAAUCCCCAGAUUGUUGGUCUUCUGAACAAUUUGUCUUUGACUUCUCCUGCUGUCAAGACCGGAGAAGCUGUUCCACCAACGAUGCCGAAUCCAGUCUAUCAGCGCCAAGUUGUGCAUAAUCCUGGACCACUUAAUUACCCGGUGAAAAAAGACGUGGAAAGAUGGAUUAAUCGUCCAGACACGAGUUAUGCAUUCCCAGCGGGAUCCAAUACACAGAACUACGUCCAGAGAGAUCGACAAACAACAGCGGAUGAAGGAGAUUCUGGAAUAUUUAUACCGUCACACAUUAACAAAUUCAUGAACAACGGUUAUGAGACAAGAAGCGACUUGAGCAGCCAGCAUGAAUCGUCAGCAUCUUCAACUUCUUCAAACGAUACACCUGAUUACAAAAAUUCGAACGUGUUCCGAAAGUCGACGAGGAAUAAAGAGCAGUCCUUUAAUUCAAACGUUCAUCAGUUGUUGGCAGAUUAUGGCAACAAAAAAAUUACUGCAAAUAAAGCCAUGCAGCAGCCGAUAGGUGACGGCGUGCGCACCCCCACACACAUGUGGUCUGGAUAUGGAUUCUCCAAAUCGAUGCCAGAUUUCGCAGCCAGGGCGGCCCAACGACAAGCUCAGAACACUGGAUCCAUUUCGGAAUACCUUGAGUUAAACGAUAAAGCUUUGGGUGUUGGAGCACAGACUACUAAAGGUUGGAACACGGACUCUGUUGACAAAGGAGAUGGCCCUUUAGAACAAGUUCAAUCGCCUUUCAGUUUGAGUAAUUUCUGGGAAAACAUUCCCCAGCAAUCGACAAUAAACUACAGUUCCAUCAAGAAUCUGGAACAGCUGUUCAACCUUUUAGACCUUCAGAAAUAUUACGAUGUGUUUCUCCAUCACGAGAUUGACUUGAUAACCUUUCUAACUCUGACAGAUAUAGACUUGCAGCAGUUAAAUAUAAGUUAUGGAGCGAGACGUAAAAUGCUCACAGCGAUAGCAGCUAUUAGAGACCAGAAAAUCGGCGAUUGGACUAUGAAAAAUUUCAGAGCAGCACCUGGAGCCGAACGCAGAGGACUUUACUCGAGAUAUUCCACAACUUCUCUAACAGAUGAAAAUGUCUAACUUGUUUAUUGAGCUUAAAUUCUUAGUGUUCGAAUUCGAUUCGUUUGUAGUUGAACGGAAGCCAAGGACUGAAAGUUGCUGAGCAACUCCAGAUGCUUCCUCUCCUCCGGAAAUUCAAAGCCGACUUGAUCUCAAUGGAAUGCACGUUCUGGUCCCUAAAAAUUCAGAGUAAUAUAAAGUCAAUACUUGUAUGAUUCUGCUUCAAAUUGCACUCUCCUGGUAUUCAAACAUUAAAUUCAGACUAAAUUUUUUACUGCAGUUAUUAAGGACUCGACAGUGCUGUUAUUGCAUGUACAUUUUAGAUACCAUAUUUAUACUAAUAUUACUAAUGCUUAGUUUUAACUUUUAACACUAAUACGUACUGACUUUGCUAUAAGUGAAUUUUUUUAAAUGUGUAAUCUAAUUUAUGAAAUUUUGAUUAACUCUUAAAAUGUUUCUGGUUUAAAUUUCAAUUUUAUUAAGCUUUCUUACUUGACAAUGUUUGCGCAUUCGCUUUCUUUAUUAAAGUCCAACUGGACAUUUUCUUGUUUAAUGUUUUAUGCGUUCUAAUUUUUAAAGUUUACUACUCUGAAAUAUUGCUCUCGCUUCAGAGUUAUUUUUUCAAAACCAUUUACUUGGCUCAAGACUUGCUCAAGGUAGUCUCUUGAUAAUUUCAAUAUUUUCUUAUAACUUCGUCGGAGUAAUUUUUGCAGUGCAACGGUAGGUCAUUUGGAACGAACUUUUCUUUAGAGAAAAAAGAUCCUAUGAGGCUAAAAUAUCUUUUACUGCAAAGCAGCUUAUUGUAUUCCAAAACCGCAACAAAUUUUAUAUUUCGGUAUAUUUGUACUGUUGCCUGUAAUUUGAUCUGUUUUAUCGUUAUUAGCGGAUACCAAUAAAGUUA